GACUCGCAGUACGUUCGCAAUGCCUACGCGACACCGCCGACCGCUUGGCAACACAAUCGCACGGCAUAGUCGUCGACGGACCGUCGCCGGUGACCGAAAAACGCGCGCAGACGUCGAUCGCAACCGGAACGCGAAACGAAAUCAAAAUCCAUCGACAUGGAACCUGGACAACGUCACGUCAAAGGCCCAGCAUCUCCGACCGACGAAGAAGAGGCAUCUUCAAAUUUCAUAAUGAACUGUUUACAAAUUAUCACGAAAACAUUAGUCGGAAUUAUUUACUCGAUAUACUCAAUCAUCCACCUGGCAUAUAUAACAAUUUAUCCAGUGGAAAAAUCUUUAAAAAAUAAAGUCAUACUCGUGACGGGUGCCGGCAGGGGACUGGGUCGGGAAAUGAGCUUGCAACUGGCCAAGGAGGGUGCGAUGUUAGUCUGCGUGGACAUAAACGCGGAUGGCGUCAAGGAAACGGCGGACAUGAUCAAUGGCGGCCGAACUGGCAAGGACGCGGUGGCCGAUCACUACACCACAAACGUAGCCGAGCCGAAUCAGGUGAACGAGCUGGCCAGGACGGUGGAGGAAAAAUGGGGCAAAGUGGACGUGCUGAUCAACAACGCGGGCAUUGUGGCCAGCGCGCCGCUGAUGGAGAACACCGACGAACAGAUCAAGCGCAUGAUCGACGUCAACCUGGUGUCGCACUUUUGGAUGGUUCGAGCGUUUUUGCCAGCUAUGAAGAAACGCAACGAGGGUCAUAUCGUAGCCACGUCCUCUGUGGCUGCGUUCACGUGUGCAGCUAAUAUUGUCCCUUACGCGGCUACCAAAUACGGUGUCACGGGGCUCAUGGCUAGUCUCAGAGAAGAGCUUAGAGUCAACCCGUCCAACAACAUAAAAUUCACUACUGUCCAUCCAUUCUUUUUGGACUCGGCCCCGAUCAACGUGAAACACUGGGAAGUUAAGUCUGCACUGCCAAUCAUUUCGAUCCCGCAAGUGGCCAGCGCAGCAAUCCGUGCCAUCAAACGCGAUGAAGUCAUCGUAACAGUUCCAGAAAUUUUGAGAUUGCUCAUGACCAUGUUAUGGAUCAUACCUCAAAAGUCAGCGGAUUUUUGGCGAGACACGUUUAAUACAAAAAUCAACAAUGUUUAAUUGUCUUCAUGUUUGUUAAAUUAAAAUGCAGUUUUGGUUAGGUUCAA